AUGCUCGACUCACCUCGGGUUCCAGACGUGGCCGAACCGCAAGAAUUCAAAGUGCGUGUGCUUCAGCAGUCGUGGCCCGAAUCGCGUCUUUUCCCAACUCCAGAUAGCCAGCAGGACGAUGAAAGCAGAGUGUAUAUUGGCGUGAAAGAUCUGGCACGGUGCGGUGUGUUUAGCGGAAAUUGGGUUUUGGUGAGCUCCACGGAUAGCAAAAAGUCGCGACUGUGUCGUGUAUUUGGUGUGGACGCACUUGACGAUAUGGAAGAUGAUAAUGAAGAGGAUGAUCAUACCCGAUCCGUUGUAUUUGUACCGCCUGUAUUGUAUUUUAACCUUGGCCUGCCCCUGCCACCAUCCUCUGCCGAUAAUGCUACCCUGUGUCUGACUCGCCUUACAGUGCCACCUCCUGCGGCCGGUCCGCCUGUGGCCAGUGAAGUCAGCAUUGCACGUGUUGCAUCACCGACCUCUAUGGACAAGGGUCUGCAGUCACCUUUACUCGAAGCUUUGAAGCAGUGGUUUGAGGACAAGGAUCGUAUUUUGUGCGAGGGUGAUUUGAUUGCCGUACCCUUGGAUGAAGAAAGUGUCCGGUUACGAGCUCGUGAUGACGAGGAUAGCAACAGUAGCCACGGACGCAAGCCUACCACUAUGGCUUAUUUUAAGGUGACUAGUCUCGAAGAGGAACAAGGAGCUACUCAAGAAGGUGUACAUCCAUCAUUCUAUGGCAGCGGCCGCAGGAUCGUCCCAAGCCGUACCAAGAUGGUUCAAACUGGCAUUGAGCACUCGCGCGUACCCAUCGGCUCCAUGUCGCACUAUUAUGACUUUGUGACCAAACUGCCUUUGCAUCGAUCCAAAACAGCUGCAUAUGCGCAAAUGCGCGAACUGGUGUCUUCCUCGCUGCAUCCUUUGGGCCGCGACUUUCAACUGUCGUGCAAUGCUCUUGUGCACGGUCCUCGUGGCGGUGGCAAAGCGACCCUGAUCCGCGAAAUUGCCGAAGACCUGGGUGUUCAUCUAUUCGAGUUCUCGGUAUAUGAUGUUGUAUCCGAGACCGAUGCAAAGACUGAAGUGUAUCUGCGUGCCAAAUUUGACAAGGCAGCAGCACUUACGCCAUGCAUCGUCUUGAUCCGCAGUAUUGAAGGUCUCGCACGAAAAAGCGCAGUUGUGGAAACUGGUCAGGAACCUCUCCUCGCCACUGUUUUACAGGAGUGUAUUGAAAAUGUCAACGCUGCGCAUGCCAACACCGGAUAUCCUGUCAUGGUAGUUUCAACUACCAGUGAUGUCGAUGCCCUUCCCACAAGCAUUCUCGGAUGCUUCAGACAUGAAGUUACCGUAGAGGCUCCGGAUGAAAAGGCACGUUUACAAAUCCUGCAAAACUUAACCCACGAUUCGCCUAUCGCCCCUGAUGUGUCCUUGUCGGCUCUUGCUACCCAGACUGCCGCUCUGGUUGGCAAGGAUUUGGUGGAUCUGGUUGCUCGCUCAGGUGUUCUUGCCCUUCAACGCAUUAACAAAGCCAUUGAAGCGGUUGCAACUGCAGAUAUCGAGGCGGCCGGUAUCGUUUUAACGGCUACUGACUUUGACUCAGCAUUGAGCGAAGCUCGUGCAAGUUACUCUGACUCUAUUGGCGCUCCCAAGAUCCCAAGUGUCACAUGGGACGACGUUGGUGGUAUGGCCCAUGUCAAGGACGAUAUCCUCGAUACUAUCCAGCUGCCUCUCGAACAUCCCGAAUUGUUUGGUUCUGGUCUCAAGAAGCGCAGUGGUAUCUUGCUGUAUGGACCACCAGGCACUGGCAAAACCCUUCUUGCCAAGGCAAUUGCAACAUCGUGCUCGCUCAACUUCUUCUCAGUCAAGGGUCCCGAAUUGCUCAACAUGUAUAUCGGUGAAUCCGAAGCCAACGUUCGUCGUGUAUUUCAGCGUGCUCGCGAUGCCAAGCCCUGCGUUGUAUUCUUUGACGAAUUGGAUUCCGUUGCACCCAAGCGUGGUGAGAAGGGUGAUUCUGGUGGUGUGAUGGAUCGUAUUGUAUCUCAGUUGCUGGCUGAAUUGGAUGGUAUGAGUGAGGGAGGCGAAGGUUCCGGUGUGGGCGAUGUAUUUGUCAUUGGUGCAACCAAUCGUCCUGAUCUGCUGGAUCCUGCUCUUUUGCGUCCCGGAAGAUUUGACAAACUAUUGUACCUGGGUGUGAGCGAAGACCAUGACUCGCAGUUGCGCAUUAUCCAGGCACUGACUCGAAAGUUCCGCUUGCAUCCCGACUUGGAUCUGAUGCAUGUCGCCGAACGGUGCCCCUUCCACUACACUGGUGCCGAUUUCUACGCCUUGUGUUCUGAUUCCAUGUUGAAGGCCAUGACGCGUGUAGCUGAUACAAUCGAGGCUAAGGUGCAACAACUCAACGAAGAACAGCGACCUGAUCUUCCAAGCCCGGUUACUGCUCAAUACUAUUUAUCAAGACUUGCUACUCCCGAAGAAAUUAUGGUGCAAGUCGAAGAAGUUGAUUUCGUCAAUGCUUUGAAUGAACUUGUUCCUAGUGUAUCUGCUACCGAGCUGUCACACUAUUCAAAGGUUCGAGAACGCUUUGAGCAAAAGCAUGACGACGAAGAAGAGAAUGAUGUGGAACAAGAUAAGAAAAAACGGGAGGAAGAAGAAGAGGCAAGACGACAACAACCCGCUAAGCGGAAAGAUAAGGGGAAAGGAAAGGCAAGAGCUACCUAG